AUGAUAACUCCAGCCUUUGAACUGACCCAGGAUCCGGAUUUUCUCACAAUAAUAAUCAAAGUACCUUAUGCCAGAGCUUCAGAGUUUGAUGUGUAUUUUGAAGGGGAAGAUUUUAAAUUUUAUGCUAAGCCCUACUUUCUUAGAUUGACACUUCCUGGAAGAAUUGUAGAAGAUGGCAGAGAAAAAGCAUCUUAUGAUACAGACAAAGGAACUUUUACAAUUCGCUUGCCUAAGGAGAUUCCUGGCCAGUAUUUUGAGGGACUGGACAUGCUGACAUCUCUUUUAGCACCCAAGAAAUCAAGAUCAGCAAAACCUUUAGUAGAAGAGAUAGCUGCCUCUGCUGAGUUGUCUGAGGAGGAUGAAGAAGAGUUUGACUGGGAAAUAGAGCAGACUCCUUACAGAGAAGGUCCAGAAAACACUCUGACACCACAGCACCCCUACGGCUUUGGGAACUUGCGCUCGGGGGUGUUCCAGCGCCUGCAGGAUGAGCUCAGUGACGUGAUUGAUGUGAAGGACCCAGACCAAACUCCUGCAGAUGAGCGCAGGAGGAGACGCCUGGCAGCUGAGGCUGCCAAGUUUGACCCUGAUCAUUACCUCGCUGAUUUUUUUUAAGAUGAAGCUGUUCAGCAUGUGUUAAAGUACAGACCAUGGUGGGUUGAUGCUCACAAAAAAAUGGUAGACCUGCAGGGAGAAAGUCAUCAGGAACGUGCCACUCAGACAGCUGUUGUCUUCUCUGAGGAAGAGAGGGAACAGAUGAGAAAGUUCACAAAUAAAUCUUAUCUUCUGGAUAAAAGAAGCCGUCAUCAUGUGUACCUUGGUUUAAUUGAUAUCCUGCUGGCAUAUUGCUAUGAAACCCGUGUCAACGAAGGAGAAAAGAAUGUUGAAUCAUCUUGGAACAUCAGGAAACUGAGUGCAACAUUGUGCUGGCUGGAGAGUUUCACUAGCAUUCAUGACGUCCUGGUAUCUUUUGGGAGGAGAGUGCUAUGCUAUCCCCUGCACAGACAUUUUGGAUUGGUGACACGUGCCUUCAACGAUACAGUUAUGAUACUGCAACUAGGAAAAGCUGCAGUUUUGAAGUGUCUGCUGGACAUUCACAGGAUUUUUAUGGAGAACGACCCUGCCUACAUCCUUAACGAUCUCUUCAUUACAGACUAUUGCAUCUGGAUUCAAAAAUCCAA